AUGGUGUACACAUUAUUUGUUAUUGAAUUGGUUUCUGCCUUUGCCUUAGCAGCUACAUUACUCUAUAGAUAUGGAGACUGUUAUAGAAAUCACCUGAUUGUGACUGUGUCUGUGUUAACGGCUUGGUAUUUUUCAUUUGUUAUUAUGUUCAUAUUGCCCAUAGACGUAACAACAACAGUUUAUCGACAAUGCUUAGUAAAUAACAACAUUACCGUAAUACCACAAUCUCAAGCUACGGGAGGCAAUGACACAACUACAGUUGCACCGCCUGUGAACCCAUGUGAAAAGCCUUGGAGUUAUGUACCUGAUAAUGUGUUUACUAAUCUUUGGCGAGUAGUCUACUGGACAUCUCAAUGUUUGACUUGGCUCAUAAUGCCAAUGAUGCAAUCAUACAGUAAAGCAGGAGACUUUACUGUAAAGGGCAAAUUAAAAUCUGCUCUCAUUGACAAUGCUAUAUAUUACGGCUCAUACUUAUUCAUUUGUGGUAUACUUCUCAUUUACCUGGCCUUUCAACCCAAUGUUUACUUGGAUGGACCAAAGAUAAAAGCCAUAGCAUCCUCAGCGAGUAACACAUGGGGUCUGUUCUUGCUGAUCCUUCUUCUUGGUUAUGCUCUGGUGGAAGUACCAAGAAAUUUAUGGAACAAUUCAAAGAAGAAUUAUUCAUUGACACACAGCUAUUUCAAAAUGGCAAAAUUGAGCACUGACAAAUGUGAAGCUGAGGAAACAGUUGAUGAGAUCCUUGAUAGUCUCCAAGCAGCUACAACAGCAAUAGGGCCAGAUCAUCCCCUUCACCGACAUGUGGAAACAAUCAUACAGAAGUUACCAAUACAGCUGAGGGAUCGGCUCAAUUCACGGGCUCCACCGUAUAGACCGGCACCUCCAUCAUUUAAAUCACUAGUUAAUUUGCACAAAAAGACUAUCAAAGCCCUACACGUGUUACAACGCACGGAAACCCAGUGGGGUAUGAUGCUGGAGCGCAUCUUUCACUUAGAAGACGUUGCCUCAAACUUACGAUCGCCGGACAAAAGGUUCCAGCACACUUUCCACACGCCUCGCCCAAGAUUGCAACGGCUAUUCUACCCGCCAAUAGUUGAGUGGUACUGGGAGUGUUUCCUGCGCCAGUACUUCCUGAAGGGGCUGGCUCUGGCGACAGGCGCGCUGUCCCUAAUGAUCAUUUGGUCGGAGAUGACGUUCUUCUCUACGCGGCCGGUCCUGUCCAUAUUUGCGCAUAUAGUCACCGCCACCAAGAACACUUACAACUACGCCGCUAUAUUGUGGAUAUCAACGAUAAUAAUAGGCUACGUGUUCUACUGCGCUUACUCCACCGUACUCAAGAUCCGUUUCCUAAACCUUUACUAUUUGGCGCCCCACCAUCAGACCAACGAGUACAGUCUGAUAUUCUCGGGCAUGAUGGCGUGUCGUCUGACUCCGGCCAUGUGCCUGAACUUUUUGAGCUUGGUGCAUAUGGACGCGCGAAUGCACAGCAACGAAAAAGGGGCUAUAGUUGAGACGUCUUACACACGUAUAAUGGGCCACAUGGAAGUCCUGGGCAUCAUAGCUGCAGGCUUCAACAUCUACUUCCCAAUGCUGGUGGUUUUACUGUGCGCCGCCACGUAUUUUUCGCUGGGCAGCAGGCUGCUUACUCUAUGCGGCUUCCAGCAGUUCGUGGGGGAUGAUGACCUCACAGCUGACCUGGUGGAUGAGGGCCGAGAAAUCGCAAAGAGAGAGAAACGUAAGCGUCAACGCGCGGAAGAAUCGAUGUCGCGGCGUCGUGACUAUAACAACCGGUUCUCCAACUACCGCGCCGCCCGCGACGAACGCGACGGAGCCCACACCGGGCUCCUCGACGACGCGGACUCAGAAUAUUACGUGAGCUCCACUCUAGAAAGAAAUCAACCAGAACCACCGAUAUCAGACUACCAGAGGGCAGAAAUGCCAUACAACAGGCACGAUUUAACUCUAGAGGACGAGAUCGAAGACAGAUUCGGCAAAAGCACUCAGUCCACCCUCCGGACUGACUUCGAUGACAGAAGCAAGAUGACCAUGCCCCAAAGAGGACUGUUCGAUGACGUUUAA